UUGGGUCAAACCAAAAUUCAACUUUCGGGGUAUCUACAUUAUUGUUUGGGAUUGUUCUGCGACUAGCAUAUUUUCAGAUUGAUACUCGUUUGCAUUAAUGUUUUAAUAAUAGUAAUAUAAACGCUAAGUCACCGAUUGAAAUGUACAUUUUUUAAGACAUAACGAAAUAAACAAUGUUUUUAUUGAGAACCCCCACGUACUCUGAAGUAAACAAUACAUUCACAUGUAUGGCCAACAUGGCUGUAGUCACUAAAGUAUAAUACUUGUCACUAAAGCAGGCUUAUUUAACACAUAUAUUAUACCGGUUUAUACAACAGUUUAUUAUAAUUUUGAGUAUCAGACGGUAAAAAAAGACAAUUUUCUUAUUUUGACGACAAACCUCGGCGGCAGAAUGAGUAAUAUUUACAUCCAAGAACCACCAUCAAAUGGAAAGGUCCUGUUGAAGACCUCAGCAGGCGACAUUGACAUUGAGUUGUGGUCCAAGGAGGCUCCCAAAGCAUGCAGGAACUUUGUGCAACUGUGCAUGGAAGGUUACUACGAUGGCACAAUGUUUCACCGCGUGGUGCGUGAGUUCAUUGUUCAGGGGGGAGAUCCCACUGGAACAGGGACAGGUGGAGAGUCCAUCUAUGGUCGACCAUUCAAGGAUGAAUUUCACUCCAGAUUGCGCUUCAAUCGGAGAGGUUUGGUUGCCAUGGCAAAUGCUGGCCCACAUGAUAAUGGCAGUCAGUUUUUCUUCACCUUGGGACGUGCGGACGAGCUCAACAAUAAACACACCGUAUUCGGCAAAGUCACAGGAGACACAGUCUAUAAUAUGCUCAGAUUGGCAGAAGUGGAAUGUGACGACGAUGAAAGACCUUUGAAUCCCCACAAGAUCAAAAUUGCUGAGGUGCUUCACUCUCCGUUUGAAGACAUUAUACCACGUGAAACUAGGAAAGCCAAGAAGGAGAAAGAUAAAGAGGAAGGAAAGAAAUCACAGUCCAAAGCCACAAAGAACUUCAGUCUGUUAUCAUUUGGAGAGGAAGCUGAAGAGGAAGAGGAGAUGGUGAAUCAAGUGAGCCAGACACUAAAGGGAAAAAGCAAAAGCAGUCAUGACCUUCUGAAAGAUGAUCCCAGACUGAGCUCUGUUCCAGCGGUUGAUAAGAAAAAAAAGAAGCGGACACCAGGAGAUGCAGCUGAGGCAGACGAUGUGGCCGAUGGGGAUGUUGAAGAUGACACGGAUUCAGAUGAAGAGUAUGACUCGGAGGAGAGGGAGAAGAUGAGGGAGCUCAUCAGCAACAAGCUGAAGAAAGAAAAAGCCGCAGAGAAAGCGACAGACGAGGACGAGCGAGGCAAAAAGCCCAGCCGCAGCGAUGAAUUGCGGAAAGAGGCGCGGCAGUUGAAGAAGGAUCUGCAGGCCAUAAAGCAGAGGAAAGAAGACAGUUUGAAACCUGCAGUAGAGGAAGUCAAGGAGGUGGAAGAAAAGCCAACCAAUGAGGCGGUGGCUGAGUAUAUGGAGGGACGCAAGAAGUACGAAGACCAGAGGAAACAAAAACUGAAGAAAGGCUCAACCAGAGAACAACAGACGCUGGCCCUCCUCAACCGUUUCAAGUCCAAGUUGUCUUCGGCCAUCACUGAGAAGGCUCCAGAGGAGGACGUGGAGGAGCUGGCAGAGGACGACGACAAGGGAUGGAUGGCCCAUGUUCUGCAGUUUGAUGAGCAAACCAGAAAAGUCAAGGAUGCCACCGUGCCGGACGAGGACACUUUUGAGAUCUACGACCCACGUAACCCCGUCAAUAAGAGGAGGAGAGAGGAGAGCAAGAAGAUCAUGAAUGAGAAGAAGGCCAGGGUGGGAGGUCGAGGCUCCGGUCUGUCCGAAGACAUAUGACCGAAAAACUGGUCAUACAGCCGCGCCACCUUUCCACCACUUCAAACCUACUUUGUUGUCUCCUGGCUCGAACAUCUGUAUUGAGAAUGCCGACCUGACGAAUAUAAUCCCUGUAAUCUGUGAUGGAAAGGCUUCUCGGACUCUGUUUGGACUCUUGUGGUCAUGAGUUACGUGUAAUGUUGUUCCCUUUCUUCCUCCGUUUGUGUUGUCUAGAGCUUAAAUGUGAGCAUUAGACUUUUGCCGUCGGUAAUGAUUUGACUCCAUUUGAUUUUGAAAUAAAUGUACCAGUCAGUGGCCACUUUAAAAGGUACACCUGUAUAAUCUAAUGCUGUCCCAAAAUAAAUUCUAUCUUUACGAAACUAA